AUGGUUCUCAUUAUUCUUUCUGUUGUUGCUCUUCUUUCAUAUACCUCCAAUGCUAAUUCUUUUACCAAUGAUUUUUGUGUUGCAGACUUAAGGGACUCUAAAACUCCUUCAGGCUAUCCAUGCAAGUCAGAAACUAUUGUAACAGUGAAUGAUUUCGUAUUCUCAGGCUUGAUACCUCAAAGCUUAAAGAGCCCUUUUAAUGUUGGAUAUAAAGCUGCAACUGUCAAUAAUUUACCAGGUCUCAAUGGACUUGGUAUCUCUGCAGUAAGAGUAGAUUUUGGUAUAAAUGGAACUGUACCAAUGCAUUUUCAUCCUGACGCAACCGAAUUAACAAUUAUUGUUCAAGGUAUUAUUACUGUUGGAUUUAUCACACCUACAAAUGUUUACGCGAAAACUCUUAAAGCUGGUGAUGUUUUCGUUUUUCCGAAAGGACUAUUACAUUUUAAAUUUAACUCUGGUCCAGGAUAUGCUCAAGUUUUUUCUGCUUUAAGUAGCGAUAAUCCCAGGUUGCAUGCAGUUGAUAGGUUACUAUUUGGUAACAUGUUAGGAACUCCCACAAUUGAAAAGACAACUCUCCUUGAAGCAGCUCAAAUUAAGAAACUUAAGGCUCAGUUUGGUGGUAGUGGCUAG